AUGAAAACUGAUAUAAUUUUUUAUGAAUUUUUAGAACAUAUCGAAGAACAUGAUGGGCUGCGGAAAAGCCUUAAAAAUACGCUUGAAACUGAUGGUCUUGAGGUUUUAUGUGUUGUGCCUAGUACACAAGCUAUGAACACCGACGUGGAUGAUGUGAUAUUUGUAAAGGAAGAACGAUGCGAUUUCAUAACUGAAUUACUCCAACAAGAGCAAGUUCAUGAAAGGAGUUUGGAAGGUAUGUAGUUUUAGCUCACCCAAAAAGAAAAUCACUAUAUCGGUGAUUUUUCUGAGUAUAUUCCCUAACAUAUGAGGCCUUCUAUUUUGAGCAAGUCAGUGUUCUGUCCAAAUCAAGUACGUGUAAUCUUGCUUAUCUGUCUUAUAUAUACUCCUUGAAAGCAUAUUGGUAUUCUUUUUCGGUAUUCUUUUACUUUUUACUCGAUAUGACACUACUUCAAGUGUAUCGUUAGUUCAAUUAAACCAUCGGAUGUAUUGAACUAAAUGGAUGAGCUUCUAGCUUGUUAAUAAAUACUUAUGUUGAACACAUCUAUGACUAUGUACAACUUGUCAUGCUACUUCCGCGCGGUAUGUGACGCUUAAUUGAGUUUAUUGCAGCCAUGUUGUAUACUCCUUGUGGCUUAUUACUUUUAGUGCUUUCAAAAUUUAUAAUUAAUUAAUGAUUAGACCAGCCAGACUGUACACAGUUGUGGCUUUAUACGAGUUAUGUUCAUUCAGUAUAAUUACAGGGCCGUAGCUAGCAUGUCAAAAAUUUUCCUAGGCCAAAAAUUUUCGAAUGACGACGGAAAAAAAUCCGAAUACUUCAUGGCACACGAAGCCACGAAGGUGUUUGCUAUCUGGAAAAUGAAGACGCAAUUUACAAGCAAAAAUACGCAUAGUUUAUACACACAGAGAUAUAUUACUGAAGCAUGCAAUGCCGUAGGAAGCUCUUUUUGAUUGGAGGGCUGAGAGCGACGGCCGAAAAUCCGAGGAAAUUUUUAAAUUUAGAGUCUCUGAAAUGCCAUUUCCUGGACUUUGGGGAAGUUUUGACAGAAUUCUGAUGGUCAGAAAACAGCGUUUUAGUAUGUCGAAAUUUACAAUUUGCUUGCAAUUUAGUGGUACUAAAUGGGCGAAGGCGUAUUUAAUUAACUAUAUAUUGGAGAAGUUGCAUGAAAGUAUGGGUGAUAUGAUUCUUUGCAGUUUGUCAUGAAUAAUGUAGCCGCUUAAAAUUAAUGAAUUGUCAGUAUUUUAAAGGUAUAUUAUUUAAAUGAUAAAGGUCUGCAUAAUUUUGAAAAAAGAAUGAUUAUUAGCAAAUUAUCCAGCCCGUUGCUACGGCCCUGAGAAGUAAUAAACCGACGAUUUGUUGAAUGUUAUCCAUGUAAAUCCCAUGAUUUCGUAAAUCAGUUUAUACUGACAAUACAAUUAUAUUGUAUUUUCCCUGUUUAACAACUAAAAUUUUGUUAUGCUGUUAUUGCCGUAAUCUUCCGAAUGACCAACCUGAUUUUUUCCGAAUAUGUUAAUUCUAAAAACGUUGGGGAGGGGGGGGGGUUAACCCCCCAGUACCCCCCUCGGUACGGCCCUUAGUAUAAAUGUAAGUGAAUUUGGUUUUAACUGCGUGACUAUAAUUCAACAUUUUUAGAAACCACUAACAAGGUGUUGGGUGCAGCGUACGACAAUUUUCUGUCAUCCUCUGGAUUGGAAGACGACGACGAUUUACCAGAAGCGGGUAUUGAAGCACCGCGUUUGUACGGCGAUGACCCUGCCUUUCCUGUAUUUCGGUGGGGAUUAACCAAAGGCGUAUCGACAGAUGAGAUUGCAGGGAUACUUCUGAGAGGGAAUGUUGAUCAAGCGAAAGUAGCUACAAAGGUUCCAACAAACGUGAGUAAAAACACUUCGUUUAUUGUUGACACCACCAAGCUUCGAAACGAUCAAGAUGUGAAGUGUGACGAUCUUGGUGCAUGGCAUUACACUGGAACCAAAAAGUUUGGCUACUCGUUGGACGACGCAGGAGUGAUAUACAGGGAAGAUGACUUUGCAGACGAGCCACAAUACCAACUCAGUCGUCAAUUCUUCAAAAACAAAAGUUUGCCAUCACUUCGCAAAAUUGUUGUCAUGGCCCGAAAUAUGGUUUCCAGUCUCCCCGAAGAUUUAUGCUUUGUACAAUAUAUUUUUGAAGAUGGGGAACAGGAAGUCGACAUUAAAGCUCAUGGGAACUGCAAAAAUAACAAUUUUGGGAAACCUUGA